UAAAGUACAUAACUCGGAAUUUCUCUGCAAAAAGCAAAUUGUCACGCACAUGUUACAUGUACCAUGUACUUCCUCCUUCAGUCCUUUCCUUUGGUAGAGUUGUUGUCAUUUACUCCGUACAUUUACACCAAGUAAACCCAGAAUUCAGUUGGCCUACUUCAAAUUAUCACUCUCUGUGUUAGAGAAAACAGGAAAAUGGUGAAAAUCUGUCAAACCUGUGGAGAUAAAGGUUUUUCUAGAUAUUUAAUUUACUGUACCGAAUGUUGGGACACAGUUGAGCACAUGUAUUGUGUAGGACUAUCCCCUGAAGAUAUAUGUGAAGAUUUCAGUUGGAUAUGUAAUUCUUGCCAAUCAGCAGACGAAAUGCUGGCAAAAAUCAUAAAGUACGGGGGAGAAGAAAUGACCCAAUCUGCUGGUGCUGGUUGCAGUCCAUUGGGAAUUUCAGAUCUUUCUCUACUUGGUGCUAGUUCAAUCCCAGUGGUUGGUCCGAUUUGGAGGGGAGUUUUCAAUACGAGCGGGAGUUCCGACGGAAGUUGGAAAGGUCUGGAAGCCUUUAUGCCAAAGACUUCAUACUCAAAAGUUGUGAAUAUUGUACGAGCAUUGCAACCCUCUCUUUAUCUCCACCUGGAGAAAAGGGAUAGCCUGUGGCCUAAAAAUUUUGAUGAAUUGGGGGCUGCUGACUGCAAUAUUGAAAUUUACAUCUUUCCUCAAUUCUCAAGCUUUCUUGACAGGUGUGAGGCAGAAUACAACAACCUAGUGGAAUACAUGAUCUCAAAUGACCUAGCGAUGACAGCCACCUUGGCCAACUUAAAGCUGAUGGUUUUUACUUCUCUUGAGAUAACUGCUCCUGAGAAACAAAAAAUUCAAGGGAAGUACUACCUUUGGGGUGCGUUUGAAAAAGUAUCUAGUGAAAUUCCAUCCAAACGCUACAAGCCAAGUGUAGCUAAAAGUAGGAUGGGCAAAGGUUUAAGAGCAGUGGGUUGCCAAGAGAAACAAAGUAUCAGUACUCCUUGUAGAAGAUUAAUGAAAAUUGGUACUAAUUCCAAGAAGACCAAAAAAGCAGUAUCUCUUCUUAAGUGUAGCCGGAUACCAUCAUUUAGGCCCGAAUGCAAGAGAGCUAGGAGUAAAAAAGGUAAGAAGUUAAUAACUCGACCAAGCAAUGACCAGGAAGCUGAUCAGACAUACGACAAACCAAGCCAAGCUGAAACCUCCACAAUUCUAGAAGCUAGUCUUGGAGAAGUAUGUCUACCUCAAGAGAAUGCUAGGCUGCUGAAUGAUACAACUGGUACUUCAGAGAACGUUGUAAACAUAGAAGCCUCAGCCGAGGGCUCGGCUAGAUUAGCUGGCCAAGGUCCUGAAGAACUUGUUUCUCCUUUGAUCACGCCUGUGAAAGAGAGAUCAGAAAAUCACGAGGCCUUGAGUAUACCUGAUGUUUCCUGCUGUCAUACUCUUGCAAAACGUCUCAAGAGUCUCAACAUAGAGGGGAAUGCUGAGAAGACCGUUUCAGAUAAGCCAAUGAUAGACCUAGUCAUAUUGGAUCAGGAACCUGUCUGUUCUUCUAAACUAGGAGAGAAAGUCAACGAGUGCGUAGAAGAUACUCAAAACAGAAUAGUUGAAAGGAAGACGGUUGCAGAGCAGCCGAACUGGGAAGAUGGUGUGGAAAUUGAUGGAUCAAACAGAGGCAAUGUCAGUGAGUGUAUAGAAGAUAAGCAAAACCAAAUCAUUCAAGGGGAAGAUCAGCCUAACCAGGAAGAUGGUCUAAAGCUGUUUGGUGUAUUCCUUCCAAGUCAAAAUAUGGAACCACCACAGCUUCAAGCACAAGACAACUGUGUCAAUCUAGCUGCUAACUCUGAGAAUUGUACCAUUUCAAUCCCAUUGGUUAGUUAUCAAGAGGGUUUAGAGGAACAAGAGCCCAAUGGCCCCAAUCCUAUAAGCAAUGGAGAAAACAAUCCUUGUAUUAAUGAUGAUGAUCCAGUAGCUGAUCAACAGUAUAUUGUUGACGAAAAAGUUUUAGAUGCACAUAAAGCCACUGCUAGUGAUGGUCUAACACUACUUCCUCCUCUGGAAAUUCAACACGACACACAUGUGGAGAAGGGUUCAUGUAUUCCUCCUGUUAUUGAUCUUGAAAAAGAAAAUUCAAGUCCUUCUAUUGCUUCUACUGAAGUCAUUGAGUAUGAUGAUGAAGAGACUACCAUAAGUGGGGCUGAGAACAUUAGAGAGGCAAGUGUAACGUCAAUACGGGCCUCCAUUUCAGAAAUGGCAGGUGAGUUCCAUGAUAUCAGCUCGAAUUGUGUUGGCAUGUACAAUGUCAACGCUGAACUACUCCCGAUUCUCAAAAAAAUUCUUGAAAAACACGGGGAUAUUGCUUCAAAUUGUAGAAUACUUCCCAAGGUUCCACUGGAGAACAUCUGCAAGGUUGUUCAGGAACUUGAAUCAGUCCGGUUACGUGGUUUACGGUCCCAUCAUGUGAAUCACCUGAAAAGUGUGUUGCAACUUGCUGAUGCUGUGGGAAUCGACGUGGAAUGGCUUCGCAAGCGUUGUGAAGUUCUUGAGAAGUUCACUUGUCAGCUUAGUGAUUAUCCUACUUUGAAGAGUAAUCUGGAUCAAGCUGUAAAAGAUGUCCAACAUAAAGAAGAGAUGCUGAGUUCUAAAAGAACUAUGGUGGAAAACCUGAUAGCGGAAAUAAAGUCAGAGGAAAAAGAGUUUGAGGCAUUGAAGGAAUACAAAUACAAGUUAGAUUGCGCCGUGCAGUCCAUUAAUUCGAUUUGUACAAGCUUCCAUGAUAAGUCUGUGGUGGAUGGACUACUAUAGAAAGUCAGGUAGGUAUGUUAUGUAGGUAGGUGUAUUCAGUUAACCACUAACUAUUUCUGAUAAUUAAGCACACGUUUAUUACAGUAUUAAACGUGUACUGUAUGUAUAAUUUGUCUGCUGUUGUAAAGGCUAAUCCUAAAAUCUUGUGAUGGUGUUCUUAAUGUGACAUAUUGAAGCGAUGGUAACUUUAAAACAAACCACUUCUCCCUAAUUAAUCAUAUGAGCUUCUAUUUGCUGCAA